AUGGCCGACCAGCAACAGUCACCAUGCCGCAUCCUGGUCAUGGCCUCUGGCUUUGGCUCAAACUUCCAAGCUCUCAUUGAUGCUGUUGCCGCGGGACGGAUUCGAAACAGCAAAAUUAUUCGUCUUUUCGUGAAUAGAAGAAAUGUUCAGUCAAUUAAGCGAGCAGAAAGCGCAGGUAUUCCUUGGGAAUACUUCAACUUGAUCAGCAACGGCUUUAUUGCCAAGGGAGAAAAGGACGAGCAGAAGGUUGCUGCAGCUCGUCACAACUAUGAUGCUGCUCUGGCCGAGAGGAUAUUGUCAGCAGAGGAAAAGCCAGAGUUGAUUGUCCUCGCUGGAUGGAUGCAUGUCUUCUCAAGUGGUUUCCUAGAGCCUGUGGAAAAAGCAGGAAUACGUGUGAUCAAUCUUCAUCCCGCCCUGCCUGGAGAGUUUGAUGGAGCUGGUGCAAUUGAGCGGGCCUAUGCAGAGCUCAAAGCUGGUAGAAUAACCCGCACUGGCAUUAUGGCUCACUACGUGAUCCAAGAGGUAGAUAGAGGCGCACCUAUUUUGGUUGAAGAGAUACAGUGGAACGGAGAAGAGCUGGCCGAGCUCGAGGAGAAGAUCCAUUCGCGGGAGCAUGAGCUGAUCGUGAAGGCUACGGCGAAGGUGGUUGACGAGAUUUUGGAAAAGCGAGCAUGA